AUGGCUCGGAAAACCCAAGUAACAAAAUUGUAUUGCAAGGUGAAACCAAAGCCUGGUCUCUCUCUAAGAAUUGUUUCAGUACUGGUAGAAUCACCUUUACUGGACUGGACCAAUGCUUUCCAUGAUUAUAUGAGCUUUUAUAAUUUAAAAUAUGUAACAUUAGUGGGUAUUCUUGUCGCUGGAAUUACCGCAUGGUUGGUUACGAUAUCAGCUACAGUCGGUACAUUAUCAACAAUUACUGUAGGGAAUGCUUGGCAUUUGAUGACCUGUUUUAUGAUGGACUCCAUGACACAGAUGCAUGUCGGUGCAGCAGGUCGAUUAGUUAUUACUCAAAGAUCAACGUCAUGUGUAAGUGUUGUAGCAUAA